AUGCCAAUUUUCUUCUCAGUGGUGCUGCUUACCCUAGCAAGAGGAUCAGAGGCUGGCGGGAUUGCCAUCUACUGGGGUCAAAACGGGAAUGAGGGAACUCUAGCACAGACUUGUGCUUCAGGAAACUAUGACUUUGUGAACAUAGCUUUUCUCUACGCUUUUGGCAAUGGCAGGAUUCCCAAGAUAGACCUUUCAGGCCAUUGUGACGCAUAUAGCAAUGCCUGCAUGUCUCUAAGUGCUGACAUAAAGUCUUGUCAAGCCAAGGGCAUUAAGGUCAUGCUCUCAAUUGGUGGAGGUGCAGGGAGCUACUCACUUUCAUCCUCAGAGGAUGCUAGACAGGUUGCCAUUUAUCUUUGGAAUAACUUUUUGGGGGGAAACUCACCUUCUCGUCCUCUUGGUGAAGCUGUCUUGGAUGGAAUUGACUUUGACAUUGAACAAGGAACAAACCAGCAUUGGGACGAUCUUGCCAGAUAUCUCUCAGGAUACACCAGCAAAGGAAAGAAGGUUUACCUUACAGCAGCUCCACAGUGCCCUUUUCCUGAUGCCUGGCUUGGAAAUGCCGUUAAGACAGGCCUUUUUGACUAUGUCUGGGUUCAGUUUUACAAUAAUCCUCCAUGCCAGUACAGUUCUACAGAUAUUAACAAUCUUGAAAAUGCCUGGAAGCAACGGAUUGCAGACAUCCCGAGCACAAAAGUUUUCUUAGGGCUGCCUGCAUCUCCCCAGGCGGCUGGAAGUGGUUUUAUUCCUGUGACUGAUCUUACCUCAAAGGUGCUCCCGGCUAUCAAAACCGCUGCAAAUUAUGGAGGUGUCAUGUUAUGGUCCAAGUACUACGAUGAUCAAACUGGAUAUAGUUCCUCCGUAAAAAGUGAUGUCUAG